AUGGAUCGACCGGAAUCCAAUUAUCCCGAACGUCCUGCCAAACGAGUCCGGCAGGCCUGUGAGCCAUGCAGACGCAAAAAGGCCAAAUGCCCAGGAGAGCAGCCUGUCUGCUCUUUGUGCGCCAGACUACGACAGCAAUGCUUCUAUGCAGAGGAAAGACGUCGGCCGCUACCUCCAGAGGAGACUUUUAGGUCCAAUACCAUGGGCGUGCCUUCGUCACAGACACUGGAAGACCGACUACGAAGCCUUGAGGAUAAGCUCAGUGCAGUGCUUCAUCAUGUAGGCCCACGAAGCGAUCUCUCUCUAGCAAGCGAGUCCCAGGCGCCAGACAUAGUCCCAUCAGGGAUGAGCUCGUCUACUAUCUUGCCUCCAUGGGAAGAAAUAAUUCCUUUAGCAGAGCUCUAUUUGUUAUACUGCGAAUCGCAGCCUCUUCCCCUCUUUCAUAGGGGCAGCUUUAUCGCCAGCCUUCAAACUCGAGAUAUCGAGAUCAUCUAUGCCAUUCUAGCUCUAAGCCUUCGUUUCUCGCAUAGACGCCUCAGCAAUGAAGAUCUCACAGAAAUGGUCAACAGUCAUGCCGAAGUAGCCCGUGGUCUCGUUAUGAAACGAGUCUCUGAAGGACCAGUCGAAGUUUCAACGCUCCAGUGCCUCUGUCUACUUAGCUUGGUCGACUUUACGAACGGAAACACACAUCGUUCCAGUAUUCAUAGCAGCCUUGCCAUGAAUCUCGCACAGUGCGCCAAUCUAGGCCUAGAGGCCCGAUCCCUAAUAAGCAACAUUGACCGCGAAGAACGCAGACGCUGCUUUUGGAGUAUAUGUCUCCUGAAGCGGCUUCAUGGCGGUGAAUUCUCGAUUCUUGACUUUCCCGAUGCUGCAGGCCCUGCUUACCCCCAGAGUGCAACUCGCCCAGCUCAAGAUCUCUCGCCAGGACCAUCACCCCACGAAGUGCGAAGAAGCGAUAUCCAGGAUCAGGGCAUAAUUGCAUAUGUGAUAAUGCUUAGCGAGGCCUAUGCAAGGACUGCACGGUAUGUGCGUCUUCGUGGCCGACCAAGCAACGUCCCACCCUGGUCUCCCCACUCUGAGUAUUCAAAGAUCAUUGCGCUGCAGAUGGACCUUGAGACCCGGAUGCCACUCACACACCGAUUCAAACCAGCAAAUCUUGGUGACAGGUCCUUAGAAGAGCUAGAAGCGCACCGGGAAUACUGGGGUCCUUGGUUCCUGAAUCAGUUUAUGUACCACACUAUGCUUUGUCUCCUAAACCACCCGCUUUUGCUGUCUCUUAGUCUCCGCACCUUUCGAAGCACCAUUCCGGAGAUCUUUCUCCAGCAUACUUCAGACCUAAUCUCCUCACACACUACGUGGAUUAUACAUUUCAUCAACUUCUUCGAGGAGAAAUCUUUCUUGGUAUCUGAUCCACUACUGGGAUACAGUGCCGCUGUUGUGGCUACGAUCGAGUUACAGUUAAGCUUUACGGACAAUCCCACUAUAAGGGAGCAAAAGCGCGACAGAUUCACCAAAUGUGUCAAGUUUGUCCAACAAAUAGGAGAGAGGUGGCCGCAUAUGGCACGUCUGGCAAGUGCACAGAGGUUGCAGCAUUUAGAGGACGCAGUCUCAGCCACCUACCAAUCAGACUCUAGAGCGCAAAACCAAAGUCUCCUUAUUGACCUAUCCCGAUUCUGGGAGAUAUUGGAGUAUUCAUCUAAUAGCGAUGCUGAUUCCGCUCGGCGACUAUUUGGAGAUUCCCUGUACACAGGGCCACCACCUAUCGCGGCAGAAGUUUCACAGACAUCGCCUCUGCCAGAGCCAACCCGUCUAGGGGAAGAGCAGUCUUCAAUUUUCCCGCCUCACGAUUUGAAUGCUAAUGCUGUUCUAUCUGGGGCACAAGGAUAUCCGCCUAACUCAUUGGUUUCUCCGCAGCAAUUGACUCUUACGAAUGACGAGUUUUCAAUACUGGCCACCAACUUCUUUUCUCAAGGACAAGAGUUUCUUCGUGGUGGGGACACAUGGAACAACAUAGGAAACUUUUAA